UUGCCCAAAGCAAAAUUUGCCAUAACACAGCUGGACAGACCACACACAGCCUAAUCGCAUUACAAGGAAAUAAUCACAAUUAGAUCCCAAUAUUUGUGUCCUAGUUACAGUCCACUUAUAAUAGGAUGUCAACAUUAAUUGAGCGAGAUUUUUUUCUCCAGCAGGAAAUAUAGGACAGGUUUCCAGUUGGUGGUGAGCCUGCAUUUCUUUGAAGUGAACGCUUACAAUACGACUGGAGUUGCCAGAUGUACCGCAAUUAAACUGAAAGUGGAAACGAUUUUCCUGCAAUGAAUAAAGAGAAGUGGGUGUUUCCAGGACUAGGAAGAGUUUAGAAGAACGUAAUGCACCUCUUUGCUGUUAUGCCCCAGAGACUUGACUGAAAAAUCGGCGGUUGACUGUAAAAUCUUCCGAAUCUGUUCUGUGGUUGCAAGGAAACUCGACAGGUAGUAUGGAAAUAGUAUAAGGAUGAAAGCCGCUCACAGGUGUUCCUUGACGUUACUGGCAUUUCUGUGUAUCUUAAAAGUAUGUGAACUGUGCUCAUCUGUUCGAGCGAGUCGUGCUACAAAGUUUGUGGCGGAGGGCCGCAGUCUCGAGUUGAGCUGUGAAGUGCAACACUGUGGGCUUGCUGGCUGGACUGGAGGAUGGGUUUUCCAGGAUUUGGAAACAGUAGGAUUUUCUUCCCUCAUUCCCUCGGAAAGAAUCAAGAUGUCCAGUAUCAGCUCAACAGCCAAUAGCACACAACUAUUACUCCACAUUCACAACAUCAACCAGUCAGAUACUGGAGCAUACAAGUGCUUGAUAUCCUGGCCUGAGAAUACCACUAGCAGUGGACAUGUGACAUAUGUUAAUGUGACUGCAGCAGCAGCAGAAUCAUCAGGCAGAAGCCUCUCUCAUAGAGUCCUGCUUUGUUUUGCUGCCUUCAUAUGUUUUCCUGUUGUUUUGGGGUUUGUUUGGUGUCUCACCCAGGAUCAUCAUCCACCACCACCCCCUGUCCCGCCUCGCCCCUGCACGUCCUCUAGAGUGAAACCAAAAAACGAAUUGGUGUAUGCAGAAGUUGCAGUGAACAGUUCAAGGCGGCAGAAUGAUCAAGCAAAACAAGCGUCUGAGCCAACUGUCUAUUCCUCUGUGCGUUUCUCCUGAACACAAAGACAUCUUGCAUUUCUAUCUCUCACAUAGCUGUGGGUUAUUUUCAAUACCAGAGCAAACAUGACUGUAAACAUAAGUACAGUUGCAAAGUUAGACAACAAGAUUGAAAAGAUAUCAACUUGACUUUGAAAUGUGAAUGCUAGCAAUUUUACACUUUGAUUUAAUAUACAGUAGUUGUAAAGCCAUAUUAAAUGUUGUUCUUCCAGAUAUGUCUGUAGAAUGUGCAUUUUGUAUAUAAAAUGUGUGGUUGUACCUAAAAAAAGAAGAAGACAUAUCUAAGGAAAUUGCAUUGGACUCCUAUUUCAAAAAGACAGGUAUUUGACACAAAAUACAUUUUAUU